AAAGGCGUUCCAGUCCAACAGUCAACAGAACAGCUGCCUAAUCCAUCCCCUGUUCGCGUACUUCACUAGGGCACGUCACCGGACGGCGGCGGAGGACCAGCAGCUGGCGCGGCCACAGCUAGUCGGAGCUAACCUCAACUCUGCUGCCAGUGGCAAUCCAUCCCUCAUCCACCAUCUGAUGUGGCAGCACUAGCUGCGGCGGCGAGCCGGCCAGUGGGCAGUGGCGACCCGGCAGCGGCGGCAAGCAGAGCAACGAGCGGCGACUGGAAUUGAGCUACUGGCCGCUACGAGGACGACCAUUCCAGCAUCAUUGCCGUGAUGUAGACGACCCAAGAGGACAACGAGCAGUCAAUUUCGUCAGGUGCAUCUGUCAUGGGCAAAGCUAGUCAGCAAAGAAUUGAUUUAGUUUUUAAAAGGAAAAGAGAUGAUACAAAUGAAGUUGAGGAGGAUCCUUCACCACCUGCAGAUCAUCCAAUUCCUCUACACUUGGUUGAAUUGGAGCAACAGCAGAACCAAAAUGGUCUUCAACAAAAUCAACCGGUUCUAUUUAAAGGUAUCGAAUUCUUGCAGCGCGACCCAGGAUUACGCCCGCAGAUUUGGCAAUAUCCACCAGAGCAAAGAGAUAGUGUGCGGCGAGCAUAUUUAUUGUUGACUGCUAUGCAACCCCGUCUACAGAAUUAUGAACCUUCAGGUGAAAUAGGGCAUCAGCGCUGCUUCAAGUACAAUUGGUUUGCUCAAUUCCCCUCAUGGCUAGAGUAUUCAGAGGACAAACAUCGUGCGUAUUGUCUAUAUUGCUUUGUCGCCAGCAAAAAAGAAAGUACAAGAGGUGGUUCUCAUGUAUUCACAGUCGAUGGCUUUGAUAGUUGGAAGAGGGUUAAUUGUGGAAAACAUUGUGCAUUUUUAACCCACAUAGGUUCUGGUCCAUGCUCAUCUCACAACAAUGCAGUCACAGAAUGUCAUGCCUUACUCAAUCAACCAUGCCACAUAGAAAAUGUGAUGGUAGCAAAGGACAAGGAGAAAGUAGAAAGAAACUGUUUGCGUUUGAAAGUCUCAAUUGCAGUUGUCAAGUGGCUCGCACGUCAAGCUUGUGCUUUUAGAGGGCAUGAUGAAAGACCUCAGUCCAAAAUUAAAGGAAUUUUUCUUGAAAUGGUGGAGCUUCUCGCAGAAUUCAACCCCGAGGUUGCCAAAGUUGUGAUGGGGAAUGCUCCGUAUAAUUCAAAGUACACAUCACCUGAUAUUCAAAAGGAGAUAUUGAGUAUAUUUGCAUGUAAAAUCAGGAAGCAUAUCCGCGAGGAAAUUGGAGAUUCUAAGUUCUCCAUUUUAGUGGACGAAACAUGUGAUGUAGCAAAGAGAGAGCAGAUGGCGCUGAUUCUCAGGUUUGUCGAUAAAGGUGGUGUUUUGCAAGAGAGAUUCUUUGACUUGAUACAUGUAGAAAACACAAGGUCUUUGACACUUAAAAAUAAGCUGACCUAUGUCUUAUCAAACCAUGGUUUUGACAUCCAGAACCUUCGGGGACAAGGUUAUGACGGGGCUAGUAAUAUGAGAGGUGAUUUGAAUGGACUACAAGCUCUAUUUCUCCAAGAAUGCCCAUAUGCUUAUUAUGCGCAUUGUUAUGCCCAUCGCUUGCAGCUUGCUCUUGUUGAUGCAUCCAAAGAAGUGGUUCCUAUUUCCCAAUUCUUUCAGAAAUUGGUGUGUCUCGUAAACACCGUUAACUCCUCUUAGAAGCGCCAUGAUGAGCUCCACCAUGCGCAGCUUGUUGAACUAGAAAAUGCAAUCGCUAUUUCUAGCAUAGAGACAGGGCGAGGUUUAAACCAGAUCCGCAACCUUAAGAGACCAGGAGACACAAGGUGGGGUUCUCAUUUUGGUUCAGUUUACAGUCUUUUGAAGAUGUUUGAUGCUGUUGUUUCUGUUAUCCAAGAUAUAGCUGCUGAUAGAUCCAUUGGCUCAAUUCGUGCGGAUGCAGACACUUGUUUUAGCUACUUGUCCUCCUUUGAGUUCAUAUUUAUCUUAUGUUUGAUGAAAGAAAUAUUUGAGAUAACUGAACUACUUAGUCAAGCCUUACAGAAGAAGUCACAAGAUAUUGUGAAUGCUGUUCGUCUAGUGUCCUCGACAAAAGAGCGUCUUCAGCAGCUGACAUCAGAUGAUGGAUAUGCAGAAUUUAUUGUCAUGGUUAUUGAGUUUUGUACAAACCAUUCCAUAGACAUUCCUAACUUUGAGGAAACUUACAUCUUGCGUGGUGGGCGUGCCUGUCAUCAGCCUGAUCAGUUCACCAAGGAGCAUUACUUUCGAGUGGAAAUAUUCUUUGCAAUGAUGGAUACUCAACUGUUUGAAUUAAAUUGAAGGUUCAAUGAGAAGGUAAUGGAUCUUCUAUCUACUAGUGCUACCUUGAUUCCUAGAAACAGAUUUAGAGACUUCAAAGCUAGUGAUAUAUGUGAGAUGGUGAAAAAAUACUACCCAGCUGACUUCUCAUAGCAAGAUAUAUAUAUGGAUUAGAACUAUAACUAAAACACUAUGUUUUGGAUGUUUCUAAGGAUGAAGAUAUGAAAAAUAUAUCAACCUUAAUUGAUCUUUGCCGAUGCCUUGUGGAGACAGGAAGACAUAAUAUCUUUAAUUUGAUUGAAAGGCUACUACGUUUGCUCAUUACCCUCCCAGUUUCUAUGGCGAGUGCUGAACGUGCAUUUUAUAGUAUGAAGAUCAUUAAAACAAGGUUGCGGAAUAAGAUGGAAGAUGAUCAUCUUGCCAACAACUUGCUAGUUAGCAUAGAGGGUGAAAUUCUGGAGAAAUACAGCUAUGAACACAUCAUUGAUGUCUUUAGAAGCAUUGUGGAUCGGAAAGCUGAUUUAUAGUAUGUAACACCAUGAUGGUCAAGAGUCAAGACUGAUGCUAAACUAUUAUGGCUUCUUUUGCUUAGUACUAGUAUAUAUGUACAUAAAUAUGUGUGUGCAUCUUGUAAUCAAUGAGAACAAGUAUGUAGCUCUGUACUGAUUAUGCCUACUGAAAUAGUAUAUGGUUCCAAUUUUAAAA